AUGGGCAAGGCAAUAUCAUCAGACAAGGGCGAUCAAACUGCUGUUCAACCAGCUCGUGUCCGAUUGCAUGCAAUCGGACACGAGCCGGUUAAAACAUCUGUUUGCCAUCAGACAGGGGCAAGGCAACUGCUGUUUCAACCAGCUCGUGAUCCAUCAAGCUCCCAGUCCCAGGAAACCUUAACUCCCAAUCAGAUUGAAAUCCUGAAGGCAUUUAGGUCAGAACUCGAGGAAGAAGGGCAUCUGAAGCCGUCAGAAACUUUGGGGACAGAUGAUGAAACUCUCAUCAUGAAUAGUCGGUUUUUGAAGGCAAGAAAGUUCGACCUUGGCCGACCAGUAAACAUCCAAAUGUUUGGUUCCCUGGAUUUGAGUAAACUGUACUCAGUCAUCGACAAGCAAUCCCAUUUCAAGGUCCUAGUAGCCAACUGUGAAGCCUUAACUCGAGAGAUUCUGCCAGCCUGUAGUCACCGGAACCAAAUGAUCAACCUGCAAAACUCCUCUCAAUCCGAUCAUGAUCACCAUUCUCAAGCAAACUCCUCAUCAUCUCAUUCCAGUGCAUCCCCUAAAAUCACUAACGCCUUUUGUAUCGUCGACCUCAAAGGUUUCACUCUUACUCAGUUAUGGCAGAUCAAAAAUAUUGCUCGGACUUGUUUUAGUAUUUCUCAAGAUUACUAUCCUGAAACGAUGGGAUAUCUAGCGAUCAUCAAUGCGCCGAAGUCGUUUGCGACGAUCUUCAAAGCGGUCACGCCAUGGCUAUCAAAAGAGACGAUUUCAAAGAUCAACAUUCUGGGGGAGGAUUACAAGGCGACCCUCUUAGAACACAUCGACGACGGAAACCUUCCCAGUUUCUUGGGCGAAAAAUGCCAGUGUGAUAACCAAUUCAGCUGCUCGAAGAAUGACGCGAAUUUCGACCGAUCGCCUUGGUUGAAAGAGCGCAACUGGAAGUCCCAAUCUUGGAAGAAAUUUAAUCUCCAAACUCCUGCGCAGCCCAACUGCUUGGCUAUUCAGUCGCUCAUCUUCCUCACCGGCGCCACACCAACAACAGUGGCACUCGGCACCCUAUCUUCCAGGUUGCAAUAA